GCGACUAUGCGGCUUCACUCGACUCGCUGCAGGACUCUACGGCGUCUGGCAGGGGUCAUGAUUUGAUUUACUACGGCAAAUAAUAAUCUUCCCCUUUUUCAUUAGCAGCGGGCAGCUCGUCAGUUAGAGAGGUGAGAGGUUAGAAGCGCAGAGAUGGCGUGAGCUGCCAGAAGAUUAAGAUUUCACCAGCGAGGAAGUGAUCGCCGAGCCCCACGGAGGAAAGUAACGGUAGUUUGUGGCCGGAGGCAGCAUCGCCACUUCUGACUUUUUUCCCUGGGAACGAGUCAGUCCAUCCGCAAAGCUGUGCAGGAGAAUGAAGCCCAAUGCCGGGCACAGCCCUCCGCAGCAGGACAGCCUGGAGCUCUCUCCUUCUUCCACAUUAGCUGCCUCCUAAGCACAAGCGCCGUGUACGAAUCCUGCUGCAGGUCCUGCCAACUGUAACACCUCUGCUGGACCACAGGUGAGGAGGAGCGAGGAGGGAAAACAAGACCACCUGGGGGAGUCUGCUUCCUGCAGCCAUGGAGGAGGAGGUGGAGGCGGUGAGCAUGGAGUACCUGCUGGAGCAGGUGACGCAGAAGGACCUGGGGAAGAGGCUCCAGGUGGGCCAGGAGGUCAUGGAGCUGAUCCUGGAUGAGGAGAGGUCCCCGGAGCUGGAGCAGGACCAGAGCAUGCUGGACAGGAUGGUGGACUGCGUGGCCAGCUCCUGGGUCAAUUCCAGCAACUUCAAGGUGGUUUUACUGGGGAUGGAUAUCCUGUCGGCUCUGGUGAGCCGGCUGCAGGAGAGAUUCAGGACACAGGUUGGAACUGUCCUGCCCAGUCUUAUCGAUCGACUGGGAGACGCCAAGGAUCAAGUCCGAGAGCAGGACCAGGCACUUCUGCUGAAGAUCAUGGACCAGGCUGCAAACCCACAGUAUGUGUGGGAGCGAAUGAUGGGAGGAUUCAAGCACAAGAACAACAGGACCAGAGAGGGACUCUGCCUGUGUCUCAUCUCAACUUUAAACGUGUUUGGCUCUCAGAGUCUGACGCUCAGUAAAAUCGUUCCUCACAUCUGCAGCCUCCUCGGAGACCCCACCAGCCAGGUGCGUGAUGGCGCCAUGAACUGCCUGGUGGAGAUCUACCGGCACGUCGGAGAGCGAGUGCGGAUCGACCUGGGAAAGAAGGGCCUGCCUCAGUCACGGCUGAACGUCAUCUUCAGUAAGUUCGAUGAAGUCCAGAGGUCGGGGAACAUGGUCCUGUCACCUUUGUCGGACAAGAACUUCGAGGACGAUGACUCGGUGGACGGCGGCCGCUCCUCGUCCUCGUCCAAAGGAACCUCGCUGUCCGGGAGGAAGGCGGUGAGCAUGGGUUCAUUUCGACGCCCUGCCUCCGGCAGCAAGUCUGCAGGGAGGGACGGGUCCAGUGCUGGAGCCGUGGAUGAGGAGGACUUCAUCCAGGCGUUUGAAGAUGUUCCCACAGUGCAGAUCUACUCUAACAGGGAGGUGGAGGAAGCCAUGACGAAGAUUCGUGACGUGCUGUCGGACGACAAGCGGGACUGGGAGCUGAGAGUGGCAGCUCUGAAGAAAGUGCGUUCGCUGCUACUGGCCGGUGCACCAGAGUUCGACGGCUUCCUGCAGCAGCUGCGUCUCAUGGAGGCGGCGUUCAAGCUGUCUGCCAAGGACCUGCGAUCUCAGGUGGUGAGGGAGGCCUGCAUCACUCUGGGACACCUGUCGUCAGUGCUCGGCAACCGGUUCGAUCACGCAGCAGAGGCCAUCAUACCAAUACUCCUCAACCUGGUCCCCAACAGUGCCAAAGUCAUGGCCACGUCCGGCGUGGCCGCCAUCCAUCUCAUCCUCAGACACACACACUACCCACGCCUCAUCCCCAUCAUCACCAGCAACUGUACCUCCAAAUCUGUGGCUGUGCGAAGGCGCUGCUUCGAGUUCUUGGACCUGCUGCUGCAGGAAUGGCAGACGAGCUGUCUGGAGAGGCACGGCACAGUUAUAAUGGAGACUAUAAAGAAAGGGAUCCAUGAUGCAGACGCUGAGGCUCGCUCUGUGGCCAGAAAGUGUUACUGGAGCUUCCACAGUCACUUCAGCCGGGAGGCGGAGCAGCUGUUCCAGGGCCUGGAGUCGUCCUAUCAGAAAGCUCUGCAGGCUCACCUGAGGAGCGGAGACAGUCUGAUGUCGCUGCCCGCCUCUGAUCGCUCCUCUUCCUCUUCUCAGGAGAGCCUCAAUCGACCUCUGUCUGCAAAAAGCACUGUUGGGAACAGCUCAGCCCGAUCCAAACCCGCCCACACCUCCAGGAUGCCGGCUGCCGCCUCCUCCCCCGGCUCACUCCAGCGCUCCCGCAGCGACGUGGACGUAAACGCUGCGGCCAGCGCCACCGCCCGCACGAGGAUGCCUGCCGUACCCUCCACUGUGCCGUCGUCGGCCUCGCCCUUCAGCUCUGCCUCGGCGCUGCCUCCUGGAUCCUACGCUUCACUGGGUCGAGUGCGAACAAGGAGGACAAGCUCAGGAAACGGUCCGUCAGUGACAGACACACGGGGCCGGAGUCGAGGGAAAGUCGUCUCUCAGUCCCAGCCUGGGAGUCGGUCAGGCUCUCCCGGGCGUCUGCUGAGCUCCACCUAUGGCCGGAUCCCCAGGCCCACCAUGGGCACCGGUGCCACCGCCGCCGCCACGGGUAGCACCUCCACCAGCCUGACCGACAAGAGCCGACCUCGAGGUCACCGCAGCCAGGGCUGCAGCCGAGAGACCAGCCCCACCAGAUCAGGCACGGCCCGGAGUCGCAUCCCUCGACCGAGCAUGAGUCAGGGCUGCAGCCGUGAAACCAGUCGCGAGAGCAGCCGCGACACCAGCCCGGCGCGGGGCUUCUCCCCCCUGGCGUCCCGCCGUCACUCCCGUUCCACCAGCGCCCUGUCCUCUGCAGAGUGCUACUCAGACCGGCUGUCCCAUCAGGCUCGGAUCUCUGCCUCAGUCAAUGCCAUGAGGAUCCUCAACACGGGCACCGAAGUCGAGGCUGCGGUCGCCGAUGCUCUGCUCUUAGGAGACUCGAGGAGUAAGGUACAGCGGAGGCCAGUGAGGCGGCGGUUCGAGUCGCCGGGGAUGUACUCAGACGACGACGCCAACAGCGACGCCUCCAGCGCCUGCUCUGAGCGCUCCUACAGCUCACGUAACGGCGGCGUGGCGCCGCACUACCUACGUCAGACGGAGGAUGUGGCGGAGGUGCUGAACCACUGUGCCAGCGCCAACUGGUCCGAGAGGAAGGAGGGACUGCUGGGACUGCAGAACCUGCUCAAGAGCCAGAGGAUGCUCAGUCGUGUGGAGCUGAAGAGGCUUUGUGAGAUCUUCACCAGGAUGUUUGCGGACCCUCACAGCAAGAGAGUCUUCAGCAUGUUCCUGGAGACUCUGGUGGACUUCAUCGUGCUGCACAGGGACGACCUGUUGGACUGGCUCUUCGUCCUGCUCACACAGCUGCUGAAGAAGAUGGGCGCCGACCUGCUGGGCUCUGUCCAGGCCAAAGUCCAGAAGGCUCUGGAUGUCACGAGGGAGUCCUUCCCAUACGAGCAGCAGUUCAACAUCCUGAUGCGCUUCAUCGUGGAUCAGACGCAGACCCCCAACCUGAAGGUGAAGGUGGCCAUCCUGCGCUACAUCGAGGCUCUGGCCAGGCAGAUGGACCCGGCCGACUUUGUCAACUCCAGCGAGACACGCCUCGCCGUUUCUCGCAUCAUCACCUGGACCACCGAGCCCAAGAGCUCCGAUGUCCGCAAGACCCUUCAUAACUGGGCAGGGGAGGAUUUCUCAGGCCGAACCAGCACCGUGGCCUCUCUGCCCGGGGAGGGCAACCUGGAGGAGAGGUGCAAGCAGGUAGAUCCUCUACCAGUGAGCAUGCGCAGCGUGAAUAACCUCGUCUAACCCGGUCACAAAGAAGCGGGAAGCUGCUGUGAGCGUGU